AUGCGACGCCACCUGUGCGGCCGCUCCGUCGCUGUCCUUGCGCGUCAGUAUGCCACCGCUGUUGCUGCAUUCAGCACACAGAGUGACAGCCAACGCGGCGUCUACGCGCUCGAAACGAUCUACGCGCUGUGCUCUGCGCCUGGUAAAGCCGGCGUCGCAGUCGUCCGCAUCUCUGGCGACCAGGCAGAUACUUGUCUACAGCAGCUGAGCAGGUCCACGGCGCUGCCCGAGCCUCGAGUCGCCGCACUGCGAAAGCUCUUCCACCCAACGACAAAGGAACAUCUGGACGAUGCCCUAGUGCUGCGGUUUCCACGCCCAAAGAGUUUCACAGGAGAAGACGUCGUGGAGCUCCACACACAUGGAGGCGUUGCUGUGAUUGCUGGUGUUUUAGAAGCACUGAGUCAUGUGCCUCGUUGCCGUGCCGCUGAAGCGGGAGAGUUUACCGAACGCGCGUUUGACAACAACAAGAUCGAUUUGGUGCAAGUGGAGGGACUGGCGGACUUGCUGAGUGCGGAGACUGAAGCCCAGCGUGAACAAGCACUUCGGCAGCUGUCGGGUGAUAUCGGAGAGAUCUAUGAAGGCUGGCGCGACAGUCUUGUCAAGUGUCUAGCCUACGUAGAGGCGAUGAUCGACUUUGGUGACGAUGAGGAUGAUGUCACAGAUGCUGCCUAUCGGGCUGCCAUCGAUCGUGUUCGCGUGCUUGCAGAUUCGAUCCGAGCAAUCGUGUCAUCCAUUGCUGGAACGACACGAGAUGUAGUGCAAGUGCCGUUGAACAUCGUGGGCUAUCCUGUACUCAUCAGUGACACUGCAGGGCUGCGCGAAACACAGGAUCUUGUCGAAAGAGAAGGCGUUUUGAGGGCUCAGACGUGUGCCAGUGAAGCAGACAUAUGCGUGGUUGUGCUGGAUGUACAGCAUGCUAAUCAGCUGCAGACGAGCGCAUUCCAGUCCUACCUGAAGGGAGGUGCCAUCGUCGUGCUGAAUAAAAGUGAUCAGGUGGAUGACGAAACGGUCGGACAUGUAGUGAGUGCUUUUGACGCCAAAACACGCGACCAGCUUGUCGUCAUCUCCUGUGUAGACGGGGACAACAUUGACGUCUUUGUUGACAAGCUAGCGAGUUCAGUGAAGGAGAAGUUGAAGGUCUCGGCUGGAGGAAGGUCUUCCAGCGAUGCACUGAUCACACGAGAGCGUCAUCGACAGAACCUCGUGGAGUGUCUAGCGUGCUUGGACCAGUUCUUGGCUGAUCCUUACCAAAGCGAAAUUGCUGCUGAAGGUCUCCGCCGAGCGGUCGCGGCGAUUGGCCGUAUCCUCGGUCGGAUCGACGUCGAAGAUGUUCUGGAUGUGCUCUUUGCCGAUUUCUGUAUUGGAAAAUAG